GUGUUUUGGCAAACCUGUUUUCUUUCAUCUGUUUUUCUGUUAUCUGCUUCUGAGCAGAAUAUGAAAUUUUUUCAAACCUUAUGAAAUAAUUUUAAUGAAAAUUUCAUCUUUAAAUCGUGUUCUUUUUCAUUUAAUAGUUUGGAAUAUCAGGUAAUCGUUUCGAAAUGGAAAUCAGCGACGUAAAAUCCGAUCCUUCGAAAAGUUGCAAAUUAUACGACAGCUUGAAUUUAUAUACGACACCUGAAAGCUACUACGUGCAACCCAUCGAGAAUGAAUCCGUUUUACUCUAUAUCGAUCGAGUCACCGAAGAAAUGUCUUUACAAACAAAUAAUGGCCAAAUUCCGCCAUCAGCCAAGAUGCGAACUAUAUUCGGUGUUUUGGGCAGAAUUCGACUAGUCGCUGGUUUCUAUCUAGUCGUAAUCACUAAUCGUAAACACGUUGGUCAGGUAUCCGGUCACGAUAUUUGGCAAAUCGAAGAAGUAGAUUUGAUUCAGUUUACGAAAACUUCGUUGCAUUUAAGUCAAAAACAGGAUGAAUGGGAUAAAAAUUACCGCGGUAUGUUGAGUAGUAUUUUGAGCACUACGCAUUUCUAUUAUUCGUACACGUACGAUAUUACUCAUACUUUGCAAAGAUUAAGGGCUACUUCGCCAGAUUUCCUCAGCAUUCCAUUGUUCAAGAGGGCAGAUCCUAGAUUUGUAUGGAACGGAUAUCUAUUGGAUCAGUUUUGUAUUAAUCCAGAUCUUCAUAAGUUCUGUGUGCCAAUUAUUCAUGGAUUCGUUUCGAUUAAUUCGUGCACAUUCGAAUACGAGGGCACCAAUGAACAGAAAACUUUUAUGUGGACUUUGAUCGCUAGAAGAAGUUGUCGUCGUGCCGGUACUCGCUUAUAUAGAAGAGGUAUCGAUUCCAAGGGCGACGUAGCAAAUUUUGUCGAAACUGAACAAAUCGUCGAGUACGAUGGUGCUCAAAGUUCUUUCGUUCAGAUUCGAGGAUCCAUUCCUUUGUUCUGGCAUCAGUAUCCAAAUUUGAAACUGAAACCAAAACCUACCAUAAUUUCGUACGAAAAUCAUAUGGAAGCUUGUUCCAAACAUGUUAAAGAAAUAACCGAAGAAUACGGUGAUAUUGUGAUGAUAAAUUUGAUCGAUCAUAAAGGUCGCGAAGGCGAAUUACAAUUGAAAUUCAAAAACGCUACCGAAGAACUCGGUAAUAAAAGAAUAAGAUACGAAGCCUACGACUUCCAUCACGAAUGCAAAAACAUGCAGUGGCACAAACUAGGUGCUUUGAUCGAUAAAUUAUCAAACGAACAAGAUCGAUUUAAUUAUUUUCUAAUGGAUAAAGACAAAAGAACCAUUUCUUUGCAAGAAGGAGUAUUUAGGACAAAUUGUAUCGACUGCCUCGACCGUACUAACGUCGUUCAAAGCCUUGUAGCCUGGAGGAGUUUAACUACAAUGCUACAACAAUUCGAGUUACUCAGCCCGAAUAAACCGGUGAAACACGAGGCGCAGUUUUAUCGUAUGUUUCAAAACGUUUGGGCUGAUCAUGCAGAUUACAUUUCGAUACAGUAUUCGGGUACUGGAGCGUUGAAAACUGAUUAUACCAGAACGGGCCGAAGAACGCAUUUGGGUGCUUUGAAAGAUGGAGCUAAUUCGUUGCUACGGUAUUAUAAGAAUAAUCUUAAGGAUGGCUUCAGGCAGGAUUCCAUUGAUUUAUUACUCGGUAAUUAUAAAGUCAAAGAAGGCGAGGGGGUUACAGAAAAGUGUCCUUUGGAUUCGCCCGUAUCGUGGAAAUAUCUAAUGUUUAUAAUCAUUUUAUUGAUAGCAAUAGCUAUGUUCUUCGCCAAUACCAUAUUUCCAUCAGAAUAUUUCACGAGCACCUUGCUAUCGAUAAUUUUCUGGGGCAUCAUGGUCUUCGCAACGUUCAGCGCUAUUAUUUAUUACGGUAACGAAUUCGUCGAUUAUCCGAAGCUCUGUCCUUUGGAUUUAAAGAGAGUAUAUUUGUAUGAAAAAUGUCAAAUUUGACGAAUGUGUGAUGAUUAAGUUUUAUAGGUAAAAUUGCUAUUUAACAGCUUUAUUAUAUACGGUACUUAUGUUGUUCGUAUGAAUUAUGCAUUGUAUUAUCAGUGUGUACGAGAUGAUUUUUGUAUUCGUUGUACGAGUGCAUGAUAUUAUUUACGUAAUCGUAGUUUUAUGGUAACUUUUUAAAAUUAAAUUAUUGGUUUGAUUGUUUU